CAAAACCAUUUAUUACACCAUUCACUGCAGCUUUAAACCCCGUUUUCUCCUGUUUUUGUCUGUUUAUCGGCGUAUUUUUUUGUAUAGUUUAUUCCGUGUUAGAUGGGACUGAAUGUUUCCCUAAACCCUGGUCCAGAUCCUGACCGGGUCCAGGUCCAGUUUCGGGGGUUUAUCUGAUCAAACCGGGCCCGUUAAUGACCCGUUUUCCGUCUCUACCUGCGGACCUUCAUCAUCCUCAUCUUCCUUUGUGUGAUUCCAACAUGGCGGAUGAAGAACCGACAACCGGAGACUAACGGAGACGAACAGAGCCAUGAACCGACCUCCGUCCCCGGUCCCAGCCCGUUAACCCCGGCUUUAACCCUUUAUUAACCCGCCACGUCCAUUUUAAGCCCCGUCGUCCUUUCGUCCUCCUGCGGCUGUUGGUCCGGAAUCAACCCGGGCUAACUGUCCGUUCUCCCGGGUUAAAUGCUCCGUUUGGUCCUGUUCCUGUUUUCGUCCACAGAACUCGGACUCAACCCGAACCCGGUCCACAAACCCCGGGACAUGUAGAAUCUGUCCACGGAGCCGGAGGGAGACCCAGCUCGGCUCGGCUCAGUUUGAACCAGGUGGCGGCAACAAGAUGGCGGCCGAGGGAGGCUGCGCAGAACCGGGAAGAACAAGAAGAAGAAGACGAAGACGGGCGGUGACGUCCAGGGUAAGGGCACCACCGCAUGCAGCUCCCCCCCCCGCACCAAACACCCACCAGGCCGGAGCCACGGGCCGCCGAGCCCCCUGAAAACACACCGGAAAACCCCACCGGUCCGACCGCACUAACCGACACCGUCGAACCGGUCCACGAGUCCGACCGAGGAGAAGGAUGCUGACCUGAAGCAUUGCCGAUGUUUAAAAAGUGGAUCUCUGCCGUUGUUUCGAUGUCUCUGACCCGUUCAUGGCCUCUAAGAAGAAGCAAAAAGGCAUGGUAUUCCGUCAAGAAGGGGCAUCCACCCCUGCAGCUGCCAACCAUCCUCCUGGACACUUCAGGAUGGAACAGGGCAGCCAGGUCACCAGUGUGGAUGGAGGCGUCCCGGGUAAACCUAACAUGCAUCCGGCAAAGGAAGCCCGACUUCCUGCUGGGAAUCAUCCAUCCAGCUCAAGUGUCCAAUCAGAAAACCUGCCCCCUGAGAGCACCUCCAAAGGCAUCACUGUCAUUCUAGAUAACAACAGUAUGUGGAACGAGUUCUUCAGGUGCAAAACAGAAAUGAUUUUGACUAAACAAGGUAGUAGAAUGUUCCCCUACUGUCGUUUUCGCAUCUCCGGCUUACAUCCAUCCAAAAAGUACUGCCUGGUCAUGGACGUCCAGGCUGUGGACAACAGUCGGUACAAAUGGACCGGGAAAAGCUGGCAGGUUGCAGGAAAGGCCGACGGUCACGUGAAGAGUCCGCCUUUUGCACAUCCAGAGUGUCCUUCAACAGGUCAACACUGGAUGCAGAGUCCGGUGUCCUUUUAUAAGCUCAAACUCACUAACAACACUUCAGACCAAGACGGGAACACUAUCCUGCAUUCGAUGCACCGCUACCUACCCCGACUACAUGUCGUCCAAACUGAAAAAGCUGCUGAAGACAUUAAACUAAAUUCACCCAGCGUGGUCACGUUCACUUUCCCUCAGACCGAGUUCAUGGCUGUCACUGCAUACCAGAACACACAGUUUACCCAGUUGAAAGUGGAUUACAAUCCGUUUGCUAAAGGACUGAAGGAGGACGGUUCUAGUUCAUGGAGCCUGAAGCCGAAACUGAAUUCUAGCAAAGACACCAACCAACCCGCCAAACAAACAACGACCGCUGAGCAACAUCCUGUUAAAAAGAGCUUGAAGUCUUUACUCGCAAACCAUAAGCCCAGGAGCUCAAAGGCAGCAGAGCAGAAACCGACCGUGACGAGUGACUAUAAGAAGAAUUCAGCUACCAACAGUGACCAGUCAACUGCCAAGAUCAGUGGGGAAACAUCAUGCAGUUCACGUCCUGCGCAGAAGUUGUUCUCUGAACUCAUUCGAGAGGCUCAUGUCACACUGCAGAGAUGCAACCUGGAGCAGCUGGGAUUGAAUAUCACUCCUUGCAUAACUGAGCAAACCAACACUAAGAAAGACAAUCUACCAAACCAGGCUACAAAGGGCAGUCCAUCGGUCAAAACGCUGCCUGUAAAGAAAGGUGACACGGUUGUCACAAGAAGGAAAGCUGGUAGAGACAAGCAGCCUUCCAAGGACAGUCCAAGGACCGGCUGUAUGAAGGCCAACAGUCAGACCGCUGCUCCAAAAGUAUUGCACAAAACCUCUGUGGAUUCUGACCGAGAAUGUAAACAUGAAGCUUCAUCAGAAGUGAAGCUUCAGAAACGUCCAGCCCCACUUCCUCUACCAGCCCUUGCUCUUUUUUUGAAGCAGCAUUCAACGAAAUCUAAGAAGGCCAAAAGCAAAUCAGAGUCUCCACACUCUCUGCUGGAAGUCAAACCAGAACUUUUGCCUGAAAAAUUAAACUCUCCUUCAGCUUCUACAUGUCGACCCUCUAAAACUGGUUCCUUAAAGGAUCUCAGUGGUCCUAUUGAAAAACAAACCACAAAUCUUCAUUCAGAUGACUCUGCUCUGGUACAAACAGAUCAGCUGUUCAGUCCACUAUAUCAAGAUGCAGUAGAACCUACAGAACCACAAAGAGCUACAGCUACACAUCAUAUGGAAUCGGUCAUAGUUCCUGAAAGCCACGUUCCAGAGCCAUCAGUGCCCAAUGCUACACCAGUGUUACCCAACUCAGAUCAGCCAUUUUGUGCCCUUGGUACAUCUAUGUCCACCAUUUCACCAACUCCUGCUACCUCUUCCACAUCUCCAGUGUCGUCAACACUGCUCGACAGUACAGUAUUAACCACGCCAGAUAUUCCACAAACAGACCUCACGGAGUCAACCACACUACCCCCAGGUUCCCCCUCAAUGACUUCUGGGACCUUACUUCCAGACCCUGAGUGUUCACCUUUUGGGUUUGAGCCUUUAUCACCUGCAAGUUCCCCAGAAUCCUUACCUUCCCUUCCAGCUUCGAUAGCUUUGGAACUGGACUCCACUCCUUCAGAGCCCACUUCCAAAGCAGAAGCAAAUGUAGAGGAACCGCAAAGCAAAGACCCUGUCGAAGCUGGAUCUGUGUUCAAAUGGCAUACAGUGUUGCCUCCACCCGAGCCAUACAUGCCCCCAUCAUUUACAACAUUUCAAGCCACAUCACAGCCCCCCCCAUUAGCAUCCAUCACACCGUCUUUAAUGCCUUCUCAGACUUCCUCUGACCCUGUAACGCAAACUCUUGACACUUCCGCAUCUGCCCUCCCUCCUGACCCUCCUCCAUCUUUUCAAGAGAAUGAACAGUCAUUGCCUUUUCCAGCUGAACUGUCCCCUCUGGCACUUCCAUUACCGCUUUCUCCAACCUUUUCCUCCUUGGGUGGAGACGGUUUGUCGCCCACGCCUUCGAUCACAGAUCUGGUUCAUUUCUUCUCCACCGAGGACGAUCUUGGAAUCGAGGUGGAGUUUUCGAACCCGGAGGUGGCGACCGAUUCCUGUCCGCCUCCUGUUACUGCAAUAGAACUGCACGAGCACGCUUCUUCUCAAGUGCCGCAAGCUCCAGUUAACAAACACUACAAGUGCAAGAAGAAGUCACAAAAACAAAAGGUUACCAAGGUCAAUGGCGGUAACAAGGCAAACAACUCGUCCUACGCCAGCAUGAAGCCGAACCUGGAGGAAGUGGAGGAGCAGUUAUUUAUCUCAUUCACGUCGAAGGAGGCUCUUCAACUCCAUAUCGGCGACUCCUCUGACGGCGUGGGACCAACAGUCCAACCCCCACAACCUCAGACGUCACCUGAAGACGAACCGCAGCAAACGACCCCAACAACUGCCAACGAGAGUGUGACGCAGAGAAUCGCUGCCUUUGAAAAGAUUCUCCUGAGAGACAUGAAGCUGAUGAAACACCGACAGGUCAUCCAUCCCGUGUUACAGGAAGUGGGUCUGAAGAUGAACCUCCUGGAUCCCACUCUGGCCAUCGACCUCCAGUACCUGGGAGUCCGUCUGCCCCUCCCCCCACCUGGACUCCACCUGGAGCCACCUGCGCAAAAUCAGAGCGUUUCUGCUGCAUUCGUGUCCAGAACCGGAAAAACCACCGAUGUGACUCAGAUUAAAGGCUGGAGGUCGAAGUUCAGUCCGUCAGAGGCUCCGCCCAACCCUGAAAGUUCCGUUCAAAUCGCCGCUGAUACAGAGGUACCGACGCACACGGACAGGCUCCAGCCCGCCGUCACAUCGUGCCCUGCGGCCGGGCCCAGUUCAGAACCACCGAAGAAGAACCUGUCUGCGUUCUGCAGCGACAUGUUGGACCAGUACCUAGAGAAUGAGGGGAAGCUGAUCGACGAACGCGCUGCCUCCUUCUCUCAGCCGGUGCCUGAACCUGUGGCGUACGAACUGCCGACGCACAGCACCAGCUACGUGCGAACCCUGGACAGUGUCCUGAAGAAGCACGAGGCCCCCUCCCCCACCGCUGACCUCAUAUCUGGGUUCAUCCCCCCCUCAAAGAGACCCCGGCUGACCCCCAAGGACCUGAAGGCCUCCAGGAGAGGAGAGAGGAAGCAGAACCCGGUCAAAGCCACCAGACACAGACCUAAACCCAACGCCACCCUGACGCCAACCCCCCCGAAGGAUCACACCAUCUACAGCUUCCCAAGAACAAAGAAGAACCCCCUGAAACUGAAGCUGGCACCAGACCUGUUGAUGAACCACACGGAACUGGGACCUGGACUCAUGAAGAGGAAACUGAAAACUAGGGCCCGGUCCCGGACCCUUGGCCUGUCCACAGGGGGGGUGGAGGACACGCCUCCUGGGGGGGGCGACUGUGAACCCACAUCCAACCCUCUGAUGACCCGAGCCCUGCUGAAGCAGAAGGACCUGGAGGACGGCGUGAUGUGGGGAGGGCGACCCAAGACUUUCAUCACUGAGGAGAGGGCGAGCGUGGCCCUGACGUCACUCUUCACGUUAAUGGGUUUCGUGAGUGAGAACCCAACAGCGCCCAUCCCGGUGGUCCGCCGCAGAGCUCCGCCCUGUCUCAACGCCUUCUGCCGCCUGGGCUGCGUCUGCUCCAGUCUGUCCCACUCCUUCAGUGUGAGUCACUGUGGACGGCCUCAGUGCAUGCUGGGAUGCAGCUGCCUCAAACAGAAAGUGGUUCUGCUGAAGAACCUGGAGGGGCCGGACUCCAGCCCCUCCCAUCACAGCCCAGGAAAGAGGAAGAGGAGGAAGAGGAGGAUGAAGAUGGCCUACGUUCUGAAGGAGGCGGACCACGUUUCCCAGCCUGCCGAGCGGGUCCGGACUCUGUGGAAGAGGGCCGGUGGUGAUUUUGAUCCAGACCCGGUCCAUGCUCCAGAACCAGCACCCUAUUCUCUGUCUGCUGAAAACACCGGAAAUGGAGGAAACGGUGGAAACAGCGGAAAUGGCAGCUGUGCCCGAGUCCGAGGGUUUCCAGCCCAGAAACACAAGCAGAAGCAGAAGAAGAAACAUCUGAAGAACGGCAGCCAACGUCCAUCAGGUGAAGCCCUGCCUCCUCCAGAGGACCCGCCCCCGAAGCCGUCAAAGCGCCUCAUCAUUAUGGCUGAGUGUAAGUGGGUGAGCGACGGUGACAGAGACCAAGUCCUGAUGCGACUCUGCGAAGCCAUGGCCCAGGACCAACUGGACCGGACCUUCUACCUCCAGAACUACCUGAUUGAGCCCCUGGGUCAGGUGGUGGAUGAUGACGAUGGCAGCCGCUGCAUCCAGUACAAGGUCCGCAUCUCCAGACCCAGAGCGGACCCGGAAGAACCAGCACGACCAGGACCAGGGUGGAAACACAUGAUGGAGUUCAGUGAGGCGGAGCAUGUGUUAGACUGUCAUGACCAGGGGGAGGGACAUGUGGGGGAGGCAGAGCCUUUGGAGGACUGGCAGCGAGAGGUAGAGGAUGACGUGGAAGAGGACCAGGUGCAUAAUGGGAAGGAGACAGACGGGGGUUCAGAGGAGAAGGAGGUGGCGAACACGGCGCUGCCAUUCCUCACAGGAAUCAGCCCCGCAGGGUUCCUGUCAGCCAAUAAGAAACAGCCGGGGGGGACGGACCAUGUGAUCCAGGUGAACGGGAAGCUGUACCCUCUGGCCAAGAUCCAGCUGGGGAAGAUGGGAGCGCUGCAUCCAGCCAACCGCCUGGCAGCGUACCUGACUGGACGAGCAGGGACCAGCAGGAGGAACCAGGGCUCGGCUCCGCCCACGGCAAAACCUGUGGAGGUCCAGUCCUCGUCCUCAGCUUCAUCUGAGCUCUCCAAACUCACCACUGAAACCACACCCAAGCAACCACCACCACCCCAGCCCACAUCUGCCCCAAAACCCACAUCUGCCCCGAAGCCCACAUCUGCUCCAAAACCCGCAUCUGCUGCGAACCCCACACCCGCCCUGAAGGCCACAUCAGCUCCGACGCCCACAUCUGCCCCGAAGCCCACAUCGGCUCCAAAGCUCCCAGACCCUCAGGUGCUCAUCAGAACGCCGGCCAAACAGGUGCUUAUGAUUCAGGUCCCCGGUCUUCAUGGGAAGGUCCCCCUCCAGCUCCCAGUGCCCCGCCCCCUGGCCCCACCUUCCACAGGUCAGAAGGUUUUGUUGCGGCCAGUAUCGGGUCAGACAUCGUCCGAAGUCAAGCUGUUCCGUAGAUCUGAUGGAAAACUGGUGCAGCUGAUCCCUGUGACUCAGCUGAGGCCCAUCCCACCUGCCCCACCAAACCCUUUGAGACCCGGUCCAGGCUCCUCCUCUUCUCCUACAGUCCUUCCUGCUGCUUCACUCCCCUUCAUCACCAGUAAACAGUUGACUCUAACAAAUGCUCCUGGCCCUGCCCCCUUGUCUGGACUCCAGUCCUUCACAGUGUCCCCUGGCUCCGCCCCCCUCCAGUCUGAAUCAGGAAACUUGUCUCAGAAGGGAGCCUGCACCUUUAAGGUCCUCCCGUCUAAGUCAGUGGUCCUUGCUUGUUCAGAGAGUUCAAAGCCCAGCGCUGCGCUAGCGCCGGGUGCCUUCACCCCCCCAGCCCCGACUCCAACCUUGACCUCAAACCCCACCCUCUUUUCUCUGAAGCCCUCUAAAGGUCCGGGGGCGGAGCCUGGCAUCCAAACCGUGAUGGUGGCAAGCCACAAACCUACUCGUUCUCGAGAAGACCCUGACGCGCCAAAGACUCAGGCUCUGCCCCCAGUCACUCCCCUGGGGUCAGAGGUCAGGCAGGAGCUGGCCUGUGACCUGCAGGACCUGGACAUCAUCUGUGUGGACGAGGAUAUGCUGGACCAUGUGGAGAACAACGACGUGGAACCGGUAGACUCGUCCAGCGAGGAGACAGAGAACUCAUCAGAUUUCAGCGACGAAUCCGACAGUGAGGACAAGAAAAACCAGAGGCCACACCCCCCGCGUCGUGAUCACAAUGAGUCGGAGCGGCAGCGGCGGAGGCAGAUCCGGAAGCUGUUUGACGGUCUGAAGGCUGAGGUGGGACUGACGGACAGCAAAACGUCCAAGGUCUCAACUCUACAGAAGGCCAUUCUGGUGAUCCAGCAGCUCCGAGCCACGGAGGCGGGUCUGAAGAGGAGGAAGAAGAGUCUGAUGAAGCUGAGGAACACCUACCUGGACACUCUGACCGCACCCACAGAUGAACAACAGGUGGAGAUGCCGAACCACAGAGGGGGCGGAGCCAGAAGGAGGAGGCAGGCCGACAUAGAUGUGGUGGAGGUGGUGGAUCUGCUCAGCGAAUCAGAGCAGAUGGAGAACCCCUGCAGUGAGGAUGCCGCCGCCGUCACCAAGGCCACCGGCAUUGCCAAGGUCACCAGCGUUGCCAAGGCAACCAGCAUCUGGUCUUCGAGCAGUGAGGACGAGCAGAACUUCAGCACCAAACUGCAGAGGAGGAUGAGGAGGAUGAUGAAGGACGUGGACGCACAAAACGGUCUGAACUCCAGGUUGGACGAAGCUGCAGCCUUCGACACCCUUGGCUCAGUCCUCAACGUCCAAACGUCUGAGAAGCAUCUUCUGUUGGACAAGGCAUGUACAGAAGUGGAGGUUCUGCACAGUCUGAUGGAGAACCUGAAGAAGCAGAAGUACAGACUGAAGCAGGACAGAGACGCUUACGUCACACAGAUCUCACUGCACUCAGGUAAAAGUGAGCAGACCAUCCUGCGGAAGCUGCACCACCUGUCGUCCAAACAGAACAAACUGGAGAAGCUUAGAGCGGCCAAUCAACAGUCAGCGUCGGGAGGGGGUGGGGCCCACAUUCAAGACUCUGCCUCAGUUGCGCGUCCACAGACUUCACAGGUUCAUCCCGCUCAGGAAAUCUCAGUCACGCCCACCUGUUCGCCUCUCGUCCAAACCAACGCUCAGUGUGUCGUGUCCGUAUCGAAGCCGACGCCUGCUCAUCCUGUUGUUUCCCACAAUGCAGCGGUGUUUAGGGACCGCCCAAGGACGAUCCCCAACAUCCUGAGUCGCAGUAAGAACCCUCUGCGCUCCACCCCCCCCACUGUGAAGACUGACACUGCUCUGCCCAUCCAAACUGUGGCACCAGCAAGUGUUCUUUCAUUGGUCAGCACAGCGUUACCGGGGCAACAGGUCCUUGCCCUAGGCCCCCUGGUGACAGGACAGACGGUGCUGCAGACCACGCCCACACCAGACAUGACCUCAGUGACCCUGAACAUCCCUAGUCUGACCAAUCAGCAGAUCCAUCUGACUUCAGUACCCCACCCCCCGCCUGAUGCAAAUGUCAACCACCUGCUGCAGCUGGCUCCGCCCACAGUCCUGCCCACUCCUGCACCUGUACCUGUGUCCACCUAUCCGACGCUACCAGAUCUGCCUCCAUCAGCCCCAACUCCGCCUCCUCCUCCUCCUGCUGCUCCGGUGGUCUCUGGUGGAUCCAGUCUCACCUCGGACCAGGAUCAGGCCCCUCCUCCUCAGAGCAGUGGGCAGGGCCUGGAUGACUCCUCUAAGGACAGUCUGACGUCUCUUCUGAAUGAGAUUGUCUUCCUGAACCAGCAGCCCGUCUCCACGGUGACAGAGGAGGAGGAAGAGGGCGGGGCCCAGGAGCAGGGCCGUGCCCCCGACGGCCCCUGGCUCCUUCACCUGGACGAGGACUCGGAGGGGGAGGAGCCAGGGGCAAAUGGACACCUGUCUGAGUCGGCCCAGAGCUCUAAUGCGGCUGCUUUAGCCCCGCCCCCUCUGCUGCAGAUGCGGGUAGGGGGCAGGGCAAAUGAGUCAGCAGCUCCGCCCAACAGUAGCAUCAGCUCAUUGGAGCGGGAGGAAGGGGGCGUGGCCUGGAGGCCGAUGCCGAGGCUGGUUCCUUUGGGUCUCAGAGGAAAUCAGAACCAGGUCUGAGCUCCCCUCGUCUGUAACCACGGCAACGGACGGAUACAUGACCAACGGUGGUUGCCAUGGAGAUGUGGAGGUCACAUUUUCAGACAAAACAUUGGACUCAAAACCACAAAACGAUCCAAAGAUGUGAAUGUUCAGAACCGGGUCACGGACCCAGAACUGAAGAAUGAAACCAUGACAACGAACGAAGUCGAAGCUCAGACAAAACAGAAUGACGCAGAAAAACCUUGGAGUGUUUGUUUUCUGUCAGAUGUCGUCGAGUUCGGUCUCCAGAGCCCUGAAGCUCAUUGGACAUCGAAGCGGGUUACGUGACCCGGCAGAAGACGCUGCUGUUUGUUUUUGUUUUUUUAGGACUUGUUUGUAUUUUUGUACGAGUUGAACUGAUGUAAAUAAUGUGAAGACGACACUGAUGCAAAUAAAGAUAAAGAACGAGGCUUCGUGAC